AUGGCUACCGACAACAUAUCUAUGGAUUCUGAUCUUACGAACAGAGCUGUUGUUACUGUGCACGCAUUGUCGAGCGGCCACUUUUCGCUUCCAGAAUACCAAUUCGUACACCCCGUUUCUCGAGAUGCGCGCCGAACCGUUCCUUCACUGGCGUUUCUAGUGCAACAUUACAAUCAUAGCACAAAGAAGCGGACACGCAUUGUCUUUGAUCUAGGGCUGAGAAGGGAUGUCAAGAGAUAUGCGCCAGCAAUACAAAAGCAUGUUGAGACGAGACAGCCAAUGAGUACCGACCCGGACGUUACGAAGAGUCUUGCGAGAGGUGGAUUAGCACCCAAGGACAUUGACUAUGUGAUCUACUCGCAUACCACUAUGGAAAAGUCCCUUCUUUCAAUUUCUCCAGAGAACCAGCACUUGAAAGACCGCUUCGAUGCCGAGCUCGGCGCUGCAGCAUUCGAUGAGUCUUGGGCUAGGCUACUCAAACACUCCCCAGAGAUGUUUGCAGCAUCGCUACGCCUGACAGCAGCACCGAGAAAGACUGGUCAUCUCUCUCCCAAGACCCAGGCACUGAUCUCUCUGGCUGUAAGCUCAGCAUCAACACACUUGCACGUUCCCAACAUCCAUCGAUAUACGCGUACCGCUCUCGCCACAGGCGCUUCGCGAGAGGAAAUCGUCGAAACGCUAUGUCUCGCAUCCACACUUGGUAUUCACGCCUCCACAGUCGGCGUACCGAUUCUCUUUGAAGUGCUCGAAGAGCGUGGCGAAGCCAUGCCAAAAGGAAUGUCAGAUAUGAAUCCCCAACAACUCGCCCUCAAGCAAGAUUUCGAGACAAAGCGCGGCUACUGGAAUGCGUUGUGGGAAGAAAUGUUGCUUCUCGCACCCGAAUUUUUCGACGCGUAUACAGAGUUUAGUUCGGUUCCUUGGACAAACCAGGGUGGCAAAGGAGUACUUGAGCCCAAGGUCAAGGAGCUGAUAUAUUGUGCAUUCGAUACUGCAGCAACGCACAUGUACCAGCCGGGACUGAAGCUGCACAUGCGGAACGUGUUGAACUAUGGUGGGACGAAGGAAGAGAUUAUGGAGGUGUUGGAGCUGGCGACGCUUCUGAGUAUUAGUACACUGGAUGUGGGAUUGAAGGUGCUAGACCAUGAGAUGGGUACCCCCCUAGUCUAA